AAUGAUUAGAUUAGAUUUUGCCAACAACACACAGUAAUCCCAUUUCCUCAAAUCGGUGGAUUUUGAUGUUUAUGCUUUGCCGUAGGCUUCCCUCACUUGCACGCACAACAACAACAACAACAACCUUUCUCUGCAAAUCUAUGAAGCCUACGGUGACGGCGACUUCUUCUUUCGGUGUUGGGUCUUCUCGACUCGCCGCUUUGGCCCAGCAACUCCGCGGCUACAAGCCGCCGCCUUCUUCAUCGUUUGACGACGCUGAGGAGAUGCAGAGAGAUCAGGAGACCGCUGGGAAAGUGGUUUCUCAGGUUGGGUUUCAGGAAUCUAUGAUUGCUCCGGUUUCGAAAGACCCUGAGAGGUUUAGACCCAAGAGAGCCGCUGUGUUGAUCUGUAUCUUCGAAGGAGACGAUGGUGAUUUGCGUGUCAUACUCACUAAGAGAUCUUCCCGAUUGUCUACUCACUCAGGAGAAGUAUCACUGCCAGGUGGUAAAGCGGAUGAGGGUGAUAAAGAUGAUGGGAUGACUGCAACCAGAGAGGCCGAGGAAGAGAUUGGAUUGGACCCUUCCCUUGUUGAUGUUGUCACUUCUCUCGAACCAUUUCUCUCUAAGCAUCUCCUUAGAGUAAUUCCUGUGAUAGGAAUUUUAAGGGACAAAACAAAAUUCAAACCGAUACCAAAUCCUGGGGAAGUGGAAGCUGUUUUUGAUGCACCCUUGGAAAUGUUUCUUAAGGAUGAGAAACGAAGAUGUGAAGAGAGAGAGUGGAUGGGCGAAAAGUAUUUGAUCCACUACUUUGACUACAGAGCAGGAGAUAAGGAUUUUAUGAUAUGGGGUUUAACUGCUGGGAUUUUGAUCAGAGCUGCAUCUGUGACUUAUCAGCGACCACCUGCUUUUAUCGAACAGAGCCCAAAGUUUAAGUAUCCUAAAUUGGUAGAAAAGCAUACUUGUAUGCCUAAAUGAAUAGAAUUUUUUGUUUGAUGCUUUCCUAGAUCAGUCUUCUUCCACUAGAAGAUCAACGAGAAGACAAUAACAAUCCAUACAACUGAUUCUCCAUACCAGUAGAUGCAGAACUAGUCUACUUGUUAGGCAUCUCAUGAAAGGUUUCCAGAACAUCAGAAGAUAAUUGGAGGGGUUUUAACCUCGUCAUGAUCUAGGUCAAUUGUGAUGCAGAGAACAGCUGGCUGGUUAUGAUUCUAGGCAAGCAUCAUCCUCAAUCGUCUUAGUUGGAGAACAACUCAGAAUCAUUUUCCAAGUCUCAUUUCCCAUUGUAGAAUUUGUGCUAAAUAUAUUUGUAUCUUGAACAAAUUUGAAAGCAAACUUCUCUUGUGAGCCAUCUGAUUUUUUAUUAAUCAUGUUUAUAGUCAUCGUUUUAGAUUCAAGCAUUCCCGCAGCAGUUACGUUGUCAUCUCUGGACUAGAUUUUCGUGUUUUAGUGGUACAUUCAGUUAGGUUUACUUACUGCCUGGUAGGUUAAUCCCAGGGAGCAUUCUCAUAUUAAAUCCUCUUUUCCUGUGAUUGCAUGGUUUUGGUUUUAUCUGGUUCUACAGUGGCACUUUAUUCCUUUGCAAAUUGCUUCGAUUCUGCAUGCUUGAAUGAAGUCGCACUGUAGACUUGUUCUAAAGGUAUCAAUCUGCACUGGCUACUCAUUCUAAAGGAAAGAACGAUCCUUUCCCUAUUCUUGCUGCUCAUUCAUGGAGGAUUCGACAAUGUACAGCUAAAAAUUGUCGCUGGAAUUUUUGACCUUCUACUUAGAAAAAGUCAAUGGGGCAUUCCUAGAAUCGAACUCGGGACCUCUCGCACCCAAAGCGAGAAUCAUACCACUAGACCAAAUGCCCUGUUUUUAUUAUGUUGUUCAGCUCAUUCUUUGUAAAUCUGCCUGCUCACAAAACAUGGUCCCCCUUAAAUGAAGGAGACUGGUCACAAAGAUUUAUUGAUUGGACUUGAAAGAGCGGUUCUAAGCCGAUGGUUCUCUACUUUACGCGGAGCCUUGUUUUCUUUUUGUGAAGUGAGAGAAGCACAUGUUUUUCUAUUUCUAACUUCUAAGGGAACGUUGUUGUAUGCACUUUACAAGGCAGCAUCUCCUGUGAGUAAUUCCGUCAAUAGGAAUGUAUUGGUACGAAGGAGCUUUAAAUCCAACACCAAAUAGUGCAGGAGUGGAAAGUGGAAACUUUGCUUGAUGUACCCUUUUGAAUGUUUUGGUGAGAAUCAGAGAAGAGCCGUAAGUUGAAAUACCCUUAAUGGUAUGCCUUGUGAAUGAGAUUUUCCUGAGCAUGGUUCUCUUGACGACUGACGAGUCUGCUUCUGCCUGAAGAUGAGCAAGAAUUCGAGACACUUCUUACUACCGAAUCUCUCUGUUUGUUGGACGAUCAUCUCGAGGCGUCUCCUUUUUCUUCAUCACCUAGAUUAGUCUUUUACUUGUGUGUGUGAGUUUCCUGGUUAUGGAACAGAUUUUAUUGUAAUGGCUUUGGAGAACAGCUUAUCCCCCCCUUCCAAUGUAGACACUGUUCUGUUCAUGUAAUACUCUUAUUAAAUUUGGAAGCAAAACUUUCCCUUUUGAGCCUUAA